UUUGGAGAUGCCAACCAUACUGAAAUCCAUCUGGACCUUAAAGAAUGGCAUAAUUCUUUUCUUUACUCCUCUCAUACUGCUUCCACUUCCACUAUAUGUGGGCACAACGGAGGCCAGCUGUGCUUACGUGAUUGCACUGAUGGCAGUGUUCUGGUGUACAGAAGCUCUCCCACUGGCUGUGACUUCUCUGCUCCCUGCUCUGCUAUUUCCUCUAUUUGGCAUCAUGAAGUCAAAACAGGUGUGCAUUCAAUAUCUAAAGGACACUAAUAUGUUGUUUGUGAGUGGUUUAAUUGUUGCAGUGGCUGUUGAGCAUUGGAACCUACACAAGCGCAUUGCUCUCCGAGUGUUGCUCCUCGUAGGAGUGCGCCCAGCACUGCUAAUGCUAGGUUUCAUGGCUGUUACAUCUUUCCUCUCCAUGUGGAUCAGUAACACUGCCACUACAGCAAUGAUGGUUCCUAUAGUGCAGGCAGUACUGGAGCAAUUGAACAAACAGGAAAUUGAAACAUUACCACUCAGGGCCAACAUGGAGCCCAACCAAGCACCAGAUGCACAAAACAAUGAGUCUGCUAAACAAAAAGAUGGCCAAGCAGUGGUAUUAAGUGGUCUGAACAUGUCAACUGAAGCUACCAAGCAUAAAGAGGCAGCAGAGAAAAAACAGAUAUGUAAAGGCAUGACGUUGUGUGUGUGCUAUGCUGCCAGCAUUGGGGGAACAGCCACACUCACAGGCACAGGCCCUAACCUGGUGCUCAAAGGACAAAUGAAUCAACUGUUUCCACAAAAUGGUGAUGUCAUCAAUUUUGCAUCCUGGUUUGGCUUUGCAUUUCCAAACAUGAUUCUGAUGCUAGCUUUAGCCUGGCUGUGGCUGCAGUUUCUUUUCAUGGGGUUCAACUUUAGGAAGACAUGGGGCUGCAAGGCAAUGAAGACAGAGAAAGAGAUCGCGGCAUAUAAUGUGAUCCGAGAACAGCACCGGCUGAUGGGCCCCAUGACAUAUGGAGAGUUCAGUGUGUUGGCUCUCUUCGUUCUACUUGUGGUCCUGUGGUUCACCCGUGAUCCCGGAUUUGUGGCUGGCUGGGCCACAUACACAUUCAACUCAGAAACUGAGUAUGUGACAGAUGCCACAGUGGCAGUUCUCAUCGCUGUGCUUCUUUUCAUUCUGCCAUCAACACCACCGAUGUUGUGUUGCUGGCCACCUGCAAGUCCUGGUCCAGCUCUGCUUACUUGGAAGGUAGCUCAGAGGAAAAUGCCCUGGAACAUAGUUCUGCUCCUUGGAGGAGGAUUUGCGCUGGCCAAAGGGAGUGAGGAAUCUGGUCUGUCCAGAUGGAUGGGUGAUCAGUUAACACCUCUGCAUAGUAUUCCUCCUUGGGCCAUUGCUAUUGUCCUCUGUCUCCUGAUAUCCACUUUCACUGAGUGCACCAGCAAUGUGGCCACUGCUACCCUCUUCCUCCCUGUCUUAGCCUCUAUGUCACACUCUAUUGGAAUGAACCCCUUGUACGUCAUGGUGCCCUGCACACUCAGUGCCUCUUUUGCCUUCAUGUUACCUGUGGCAACACCCCCCAAUGCUAUCGUAUUCUCCUAUGGCUACCUCAAAGUGUCAGACAUGGCAAAGGCUGGGAUAAUGAUGAACAUUAUAGGCAUCUUCUGCAUCACACUGGCUAUCAACACCUGGGGAAAGGCAAUGUUCCAUUUGGACUCUUUCCCUACAUGGGCCAACAACACAGGCUUGUGAAAGCCAUGACAGACGCAAGUGAAGUGACACAGCAAACUGCUCAUUCUCCCCAAAUACCAUUACACAAGUCAUGCACCAUAACAGAGCCCAAGUGUGAGUUUUUUCAUACCUCAUCUGUGAUGGGAUGGCCAUGGUUGUUUUUUUUUUCUUCCUACAGCUCCUAUUAUUUUUACAAAUGGCCUGAGUCACUAAGUAACAUUUAUGUAUGCUUUAAUCUUCAUAGGAUUUUGCUGUAUAUUUCAAAUUCAGUCCAAAUUCAAGGCAUGCAUGCCAGGGUUUGAUUAGUGUGUCCAUAACUAUUAUGCAUCUUUAAGAUAGAUAUUAAAUGUAUAUAAACAUGUGGACUGAAAACAGUCAUUAAAUCUCAGUCUAUGUGUCACCAGGGAAGUGCAAUGAUAAUUAUGAGUCUUGUGUUUACUAAGUUGUUAUUUUUUUAGACUAAGAUUCACAUACCACCAUUCCCUUUCCCAUUCUUG